AUGGCGGGCACUUCGGAUCCCUCUUUUUCGCCGGAAAGCGAAAGCGAACAAUUAAUUCGUCGCACCUCCAUACGCAUUGCGCAGAUCGGAGAAUCCAGUAAAUCGGGCUCCGAAAUCCCACUACUUCUAACUCGCUGCUCGGCUGGAGCCUCAUCGUCACAGACUCCUCUACUAAUUCGCCAUGAAGACGGGAGUGCCGAGCUGACUCAAGAUAUGUUAUCACAGGAAGAAGAUCAGUUCGCACCUUUAGGAAUCUCAAUCGAAGACAUCGAUCCUUUGUUAGACCAUGAAAGACGAACUGGAGGCGACAAGAGUUUGAGUUCGAUCAAAACCGUGAACGAUAUGCUGAAUGCAUGUGGUCUAUUUAACAGCAACGUCACAAUUUUGAUUCCUCGAGCUGACCGGCGCCCCUGGAACUCCCCAGAAGGGUAUAUAUGCUUGUACGAGGGUUAUUUUACCGAAUGUCGCCUCUUAUUCCCAAUCCCAGCGUUAAUAUCACUCUACGCCCAAAGACGCAGGAUAGCGAUCUGCCAGUUUGUCCCUGGAGCCAUUUGUAACUUUAUGGAUGCCCUUACCAUAGCAGCCGAAGUCGGAGUCAACAUCGGAGUUCAAUGCUUUGAGCAACUAUCCAACUUUAAGUUAUCAAAGAGUCCGCAUCGCUGGGAAGUGAAUAUGAGGCCGGCGCACAAUUUCCUUAUCGGUAACAGAGUGAACAAAUUCAAGAAGUGGGCAAACCACUACUUCUACAUCCGCGUCGAUCAGUACUCACUCGUUAAUCCAUUGGGUUUCCAUCGGAGAGUGUGGAAUGAAAAUCCUGAUCGUCCAUUUUGCGCAACGUGUCUAGCUCCAGACUAUCAUCCCGUCAGGAACGCUCUACUAUCCGGGAACAAUCGUCGGUGGGAAUUUAUUACUCGUAUCCGUGUUGAAACAGCGAUGGGCAAACCCAGGACAACAUUCCCAAGUUUCACGAGUUCGCUGGGACAAACUGCAGAACCAGCCGGGUCACGUGUCAUUGAAUCCGACAGUCUCCAGAUCGUUCGCCGAGAAACUCAGGCUGCCAUCGAAGUCGAUGUCGAUCAUCCUCGGGACCGGACUGACGUCGAUCCUGUUCAGGAUCGGACCGUCGUCGAUCCUACUCGGGCCCCUGAAGAAAAUGUCGACAUAGUCGACGUUGCGAAAGACGAUACCCUUCCCCUAGCUUUAGGGAAUGCCGAUCCUCCGAACAAUGAACAGGAUGUCCCUCAGCUUGGAGCUGGAUCGAAAAAGAAGAAGAGGAAGCAGAAAAAGAAGAAGCAGAUCGGAGAUGACUCAGUCGCUGAGCCGCAGUCGGUAGUAAACCGCAACCGCUCGGCUGAAGAUGCCGGACUGGAAUCUGCCGACCGAUUCCACCUGGCAAGAGAGAAUGACAAAACAGAUCGGUUUGCCUUCGAGUAUUUCGGUGAUACCCCUCUGGUCACAAAUCGCGAUGCUUCAGGCGAACUCUUCCGAACCUUGAAGAUCUCCAAUCGAAUCCUUCCGUCAGUGGACGAACUGGAGUUCAAACAAGCGUUCCUUGACGUCGCCGAAUCCCACUUAAUGGUUUGCCUUAUUAUUUUCUUUAACUUGUUCAAACUUUGUGCGGGAAAAACUGACGUAUGUUCUUUGAAUCCACAGACUGCCGCCAGGAUGAAUAUGCUGACUCAGUUGUACGAUAGGCAAGCCAAAACCGAUAAGAAGUCUGGAUUUGAGCUCGAAAAGGUGAAGGAAUGCGCGGAACAAAUCCGAGUCGCCAGCGAAGCUAAAGACGAGAGGAUCAAGGAGCUUGAAGCUCUUAUCGCCAAAAAGGAUUGUAUCAUCGCUAAAUCCGAACUGAGGAUUGGCGAACUGAAUUCCCGAGCGCUUACUCUCGAAGAAGAGAAAUCCGAACUGCAGGGAGCAUGUGACGAGUUGAAAAUCCAACUCGACUUUGAAGUUAAAAGACUUCGGCGGGAUCAUUUGGAGAAGGUGGAGCGAACCGCGAAGAAAGCGGAUACUCGAUUGGAUAAGGUCAAGGCUUAUCUAGUCGAACAAGAGAAGAUUCGCCCCUUGGUAAAUAUGUUAAACCAAGCUAUCGGAGUACAGGAAACUGUGCAAUAUCUGAUUGAAAAGGGGACCGUCAUUCCCGAGGAGCGAAUCGCGGAGAUUGAUAAAAACAAGGCCAAAGCCGAGGAAACUAUCAAAGCGAUUGAUGUCCUCGAACUGAAUGAAAAUGACCUCGUCAUGUCCCCGGAUCAGCUCGGUUAUGGACUUCUUCACCCCGGAACGAUGGCUCCGGACUCCGUCCACCAUCCGUAUGGCUCCAAUGCCGAGAGCUUCCAGGCUGAUCUGACCGGUGCCUUGGAUGCUUAA